UCUCCCCUACACAUCGCGUCCCUGGCGGGGCACGUGGAGGUGGUGCAGAAGCUGGUGGAGCUGGGAGCUGUGGUGAACAUGGGGAACAAGAAGGGGUACUCGCCGUUGCACUGCGCCGCCCUGAUGGGAAACCUGGAAACGUGCAAGAGGCUCGUGGCACUCGGAGCUGAUCUGGGGGCGACCGACAUCUACGGCGACCAGCCUGUG